CUCCACGCUUAUGGCGCCGGGGGGAAGCGCGGGGCGGCUCUCGCCCGCCGCCGGAAGCGGCGGAAGGCGUUGGAGAGCGGACUCGGCGGGGCGGAAGUCGCUGAGGUGGACGGAGGUGGCGGCAGCGAGCGACGAUGAACAACAAAUUCGACGCAUUGAAAGAUGAUGAUAGCGGAGACCAUGACCAGAAUGAGGAGAAUAACACACAGAAAGACAGUGAGAAGGAAAAGAAUGAUCGAGAGAAACCACAGAGUACUACCAAGAGGAAGGCUGUCGUCCCAGGGCCAGCUGAGCACCCCUUGCAGUAUAAUUACACUUUCUGGUACUCCAGACGAACACCUGGGAGGCCUACCAGCUCACAGAGUUAUGAACAGAACAUCAAACAGAUUGGCACCUUUGCCUCCGUGGAGCAGUUCUGGCGGUUUUACAGUCACAUGGUACGUCCUGGGGACCUGACAGGCCAUAGUGACUUCCAUCUUUUCAAAGAAGGGAUCAAACCCAUGUGGGAGGAUGAUGCCAACAAAAAUGGUGGUAAAUGGAUUAUCCGUCUGCGAAAGGGCUUAGCAUCGCGAUGCUGGGAGAAUCUCAUUCUGGCAAUGUUGGGAGAACAGUUUAUGGUGGGGGAAGAAAUCUGUGGGGCAGUCGUCUCUGUCCGAUUCCAGGAGGAUAUUAUCUCGAUAUGGAACAAGACAGCCAGCGACCAGGCCACCACAGCUCGGAUACGCGAUACGUUACGAAGAGUGCUCAACCUACCUCCCAACACCAUCAUGGAAUAUAAAACACACACCGAUAGCAUCAAGGCCUGGGAGGAGUUUCAUGGCCUGGUGAACAGCAGUGGCCGCUGAUCGAACGCUCCCCCUCCCUCUGUCACACCCAGGGGAUAAUUCAAGCUUUCGAAACACAAAAAUCACGUUGUGAGAACAAGAGUUGGCACUAGGCUCCUCUCUCCAUGUUGAAAGCACUGAGAGGUCUCCACCAGUGCCCUCCGAUCUCUGAAGGGACUCAUGGGCCACUCUCUCGCACUCCUCCUUGGAGGAAGGAUCCAUCUGAAGCCCUCCAGCAGCGGUGACAAUAGAGGCUGAUUUUUGUCAUACACAAACUUUUUUUUAGCAGGGGGGCGGGAGGCCAACCUUUCAAUUAGCAGCGUGCUCUUGGAGCCGCAUCUUGCAGCACUUUCCUCUCUUUCUCUACAUGGCAGGCAGGAUCUCUGGGAUUCUGCCUCAACGUCAGAGCCUUUUGCUGAGGGAUACCAGUAUUAUAAAUCUCUCUGCAGCUGGGAGGAGCUUCCCAGUUGAGAGUCAGCCCUAUGGUUUUCAAAUGCCCCGUUUCAGUUCUGCCAAUAAAUUAUUGGGUCUCUUUGUUUC